AUGGGCUUUCUCGGGCAGCUCUUUGGCCUCCAUGGCAAAGGCACGAUCCGCGUAAGCGUCGACAAGCCGCAUUACAUUUCGGGCGAACUCAUCACGGGCUCUCUCCAAGUCGACGUGCUCGAGCCCAUCGACUGCAACGAGAUUAUCGUCAUUGUCAAAGGCAAGGAAAAGGUGUCGUGGACCGAGCACGAGAGCAGGACUGACGACCACGGCCAUGAAAAGGCUGUCGAACUGAAAUUGAGCGAACGCCACAAAAUUUUCAAUCAAAAGCUCGUGUUGUUCAACGUCGAACACCACAUUUCACCAGGCCAGUACGUCUACCCGUUCCAGUACCAACUGCCCAUGG